AUGACACCAGCAGUUCCGACGGCUACCAAGAAUCCAGGUCAAGACGGCACCAAUUUCGUCGACGACCCACUCAAUCAGAUAUACAUCGAUCACGGAGCAAAGCACAAUCGAGGCGCCACCAUCGGAGCAUCGACAACAGAUACGCGCGUCACAGCUCAGCAUCAUACUCGGAAUCCGAGUCGUCCAGCCCGGAACCAACGUCACGUCGCACCGAGCGACGAAGGUAUCGGCGAUCGGAAACUCCGGGUAUCGAAAUGGUCAGACAAACUCGCAGACUACGACUCUCACCUCUUGGAGAGAAUACCCAUCGUGAUCGUGGAAGUUACAGCGGCAGACGAACUCGAGAUAGAAGGUUUGAGCACGAGGCGCUCGGGACAACACGGUCCCGUUCAAGAGGACCAAUUGCUGGUCAGAGGAUUAUUCGAAGACAGUACUCGGAUCCCUUCAUGGGGAUUCCACAUAUUGGCAACCCACCUGCGAAUCAUCCCAGCUCCAUUGCUGGGCAUAACCAGAAUAAUCAACAUAGAGUCCACACUGACGCUGGCUGGCAUCGACGAGAAUUGGACGGAGCUCAUCGCGGGCAUCGUGGACGUCACGAAGAGAACAUACACUCUGCACCGAGGGCUACUCAGCGCGGUCGGAGUGGACGACAGCCAAGAGGAUGGCCACUCGGCCGUGUACGCACCCAGCCCACCACCUGCGCCCGCAUCGUCCCUGGGAUACAUGAGUGAAGGUGACUUUGGUCAGCCGCAGCACCACGAAGCUCGUUCCCAGAUGAGCCGGCGUCAGCACUCGAGAACCCAAUCUUACGAGGAAGAAGAAUCGGAAGUCGAAGUGCUGAGACCAGGGGAUGAACUGACGGUGAUUGAGCGGCACGGGCCAGUAGAUGGGGACUACGAGUGGUAUGACGAUGGAGGGAUCAGAGUUAGAGUACGCGAAAUUUCACGAUGA